GUAGAGAGAAAGAACUGGACACAAACAAAACACAGGCACACAGAGACAGUUUUUUGAAUUAAAGAGAAGUUUUUCGAAAUAAAGACAAGUUUUUCAACAACAGACAACACCGAAACAGAAAGAGAAAGAGGGCAAUUGAGGGAGUUUAUUGAAAAAUAUGGGAGACGUGAUACUGUACGUGGAGGAGGAUUCAUGCUCGGCAGUUUCGCUCUGCAGGAUUUGCCAUGAAGAAGAAUUCGGAAGCUCCGAUCAUAAGACCAUGGAAGCUCCCUGUGCAUGCUCUGGAACUGUUAAGUUUGCACACAGAGAUUGCAUACAGAGGUGGUGCAACGAGAAAGGCAAUACGACCUGCGAAAUAUGUCUCCAGAGCUAUGAACCAGGAUACACAGCACCACCGCCAAAAAAGACGCAGAUAGAUGACUCAGCAGUAACAAUUAGAGAUAGCGUGCAGGUUCCGAGAAGAGAGCAAGAGGAAGAGGAGGGCGCAGGAAGCCCAAGAUAUGGCUACUCUGCGUCUCAAUGCUCGUCUGCGGCUGACAGAAGUGCAUCUUAUUGUCGAUCUCUCGCUCUCCUUUUUACGGUGGUGUUGCUGGUGAGGCAUCUCUUUGUGGUGAUUACCGGUACCGACGAAGAUUACCCCUUCACGCUUCUAACUGUGCUUAUUCUAAGGUCUAGCGGGAUUAUCCUGCCAAUGUACGUAUUAUUUCGAACAAUCACAGCCAUCCAAAACAGCAUCCACCACCAGUAUCAUCGAUAUCGUCGUUAUCAGCAGCAAGACUCUGACUCUGGAGAUGAGACCGAUAGCGAAGACCUGGCUGACAAUGAAGAAACUCAAACAGUUUGACACACAAUCUCCAAUUGUUUUUUUUUUUACUUCCAUUAAUUUGUAACAAACAGAAACAGUAGAGAGCAUCAUAUGAUCCAUGCCCAUCUGUCUUGACGUAUAUACGAAAGGAAAUAAUAUCGAUUCUUUUUUUU